CAGCUACAUGUGGUCAUUUGAAAAAGCGCAUCUGAGCAUGGUUCAGGUCAUCACAGGACAACUUGUCGAGUCUUUCGACGAGGAGUUUAGAACUCUCUACGCCAGGUCCUGUGCCCCCAGCUCUUUUGCCCCGGAAGAGUCAGUCAGGGUGAACCGCGGCAAAGCCCUCUGGGAGAACGGCACUUACCAGCGCUCCAUGUCUUCCUUAGCGUCUGUUUCCAGCCAAAGAAACCUUUUUGGCAGACAAGACAGCAUUCACAAACUAGAUUCUAGCUACUUCAAAAACAGAGGGAUAUAUACUCGCAAUGAACAUGACAAAUACAACAUAAGAAAUCACACAUACAAACCUCACUUUGUUCCCAACUUUAAUGGUCCAAUCCGUCAGCAUCAGCACAGUCAGUUAAAUGAAAACUGGAAGAGGCACAGUUAUGCCGGGGAACAGCCAGAAACGACGCCAUACUUGCUGCUCAACAGGGCUCUGAAUCGAAAUGUUAAUGCUCCUGGGAACUGGAAAAGGCCUUCAGACAGUCUCAGCGUCACGUCGUCUUCCCGGGGUGGCUACGGAGGCCGCCAGCACACACCUGCCCAGAGUUUUGCUGACCGCCUUGCCCAGAGGAAGACGACCAAUCUUCCAGAAAGGAAUUCCAACGUGCGGAGGUCUUUUAACGGGACAGAUAAUCAUAUUCGCUUCUUGCAACAACGCAUGCCAACCCUUGAACAUACCACAAAGUCAUUUUUGCGUAACUGGAGGAUUGAGUCCUACUUAAAUGACCAUUCAGAAGCUGCCCCUGAUUCCAACGGAUCUGCUCCCACCGACAGGUUUGAGGGCUAUGAGGGACAUGAGAAUUUGAAAGCCAGUGCCCUGUACACUCACUCUCGGCUUCGUUCUUCUCUCGUGUUUAAACCCACUUUACCUGAGCAGCAGGAAGCCAACAGUUGUACAACUGAUUCCUCAAAUUCAACUGUCGUUGGUUCCCAGGGAAGUGACACACCUAAAAAGAUCCCAGACACCCCAACAGGCGCACAGCUUAUGACAGACAAACCCCCAGAGGAGGCAACACCCAAGUCCUCACUGCAGCCAGAGGCACCAAAAAUGCACACCUUACAGGUUCCUGAAAGCCAUCCACCAGCUUUAAACCCAACUACAAAUGGCCCUACGGAAUCAAACAACUAUUUGUAUACAACCUUGUGUGCAAACAAGCAGACAGAAAACCCAAAGAAUCAGCAAAAUGAGAAUCUGCUUAAAAGGCGCAGUUUCCCAUUCUUUGACAAUUCAAAAGCCAAUAUGGAUCAUGGAAAUAGUAAGCAUUAUGUGUAUAGCACACUUACCAGGAAUCCAGUGAGACAACCAGAAAAAUCAAAAGAGGAUUUGCUAAAAAGUUCUAAAAGCAUGCACAAUGUGACCCAUGGCGUGGAAGAGGAGGAGGAGGGGGAAGAGGAGGUUCCCAAGGGAGAUCCUCCAAGUGGCACUGGUACCAAAUCAAUUUCCAUGGCUGCAUUGCUUGAUGUGAAUAAAGAGGAGCCCAACAAAGAAGUCACUUCAAAGAAAGAAGUGAAGGGUUCCCCAAAUUUUUUGAAAAAGGGAUCUCAGAAGUUAAGGUCAUUACUUAGCCUUGCCCCAGAAAAGAAAGACAAUCUAUCCAAAAACAAAGCACCUGCCUUUUACAGAAUGUGUAGUAGUUCUGACACCUUAAUUUCUGAGGCUGAAGAGAAUCAAAAACAAAAAAAAUCAGAACACAAAAAUGAUUCAUCACCUAGGAGAAAGCAUUCCUCUUCAUCCAACUCUCCAGGCAGCAUCCACAAGAGUAAGGAAGAUGUAGCAGUACAUUCACCCAAGAGGAUACAUUCUCCAUCCGACGAAAGUAACAAAACCAUAGCUUCUUCAGGUCCAGCUGAAAGCAAGUUCUCAGAAAGAGCAGGAGAUGCCUCUGCCCCCAGAUUCAACACUGAGCAGAUCCAGUACCGAGAUUCAAAGGAGAUUAAAGCAGUUGUUGUUCCUGAAAGAAAACCAACUUCUUCUCCAAGACCAAAGCCCAAUGAUGAGCUUCUGAGAACUCAUUCAGUUGACCGGCGUGUUUACAGUCGUUUUGAGCCAUUUUGUAAGAUUGAAAGCUCUAUUCAGCCAACAAGCAACAUGCCAAAUAGCAGUACACACCGGCCAGAAGUGAAAUCCUCAACUAUGGGCAAUAGUUAUGGCAGGUCCAGCCCAAUGCUUAAUUAUAACACUGGUGUUUACCACUCGUUUCAGCCAAAUGAAAACAAGUUUCGAGGAUUUAUGCAGAAGUUUGGAAACUUCAUACACAAAAAUAAAUGAGCUACUGUAAUUACAAAUAGACUUUAAAAUAUAAGAUCCAUGUGGCUAUAAAUAUUUGUCCAAAGAACAUUAUGGAAUUGUAGCAUGGAAGAAUUAGCAUAUUUUUGUAACAUGCUAAUAGAUUUCUGUGGGGGCAGAAUUUGAGGUAUGAUGUAUGUGUUUACCAACUCACAUAUGUACAGUAUUGUUCUGUGUGAUAAAAAUAGGUGUGCUUAAUUCCACUAUAGAUGGCAUGUCUAUAAAUACAUGAUUUUUAAAUGGUAAGACAAAUGUAAUGAAAUUGUCUUCUUUAGACUAAAGAUCUGCUUGUCUUAAAUGGAAGCUUUAGUGGAGAGGUGGUGUAUGGAUUUUAGCCAUUCAUUGCAAACUCUUUCCUUAUUAAAGAUGAUCAUAACACUGUCA